CGAACGCUUUCUUUCGCGGCUGUGCGUGAGUGUGACGUCGGCAGCUGCUCGACCAAUCAGCGGCGUCGCGUCUGGAGGACAAUGCUAACACGUUCUAGUAUUUAGCAGCUAAUCAGAGGAAUUAAAGCUGGUUUUCUCAGAAAGAGAGGCAUGGCGGGUUUAUGAGCUCGUUGCGUUUGAGACGCCGCAGACUGGCUGUCCUCCGCCGAGCGAGAGCAGUUUCUGCUGGAGCUGAGGGCCACUGGAUGGGUGGAGGUCGAGGACCGCGACGCUCUUUACAAGGAGCUGCACUUCAAAACCUUCAACCAGGCGUUCGGCUUCAUGUGCCGAGUGGCUCUGCAAGCAGAGAAGAUGAACCAUCAUCCGGAGUGGUUCAAUGUUUAUAACAAGGUCCAGAUAACUUUAUCUACACAUGACUGUGGAGGACUGUCAAAGAAGGACAUUCGACUGGCCAAAUUCGUUGAUAAGGUGGCACUGUCCCUGUAGAGGCUCUUCCUUCUGGAACAUACAUUCAUUUUCAAUAUGUCAAAUCUUUUGUAUUGUAUUCCAAAAAAGGGAAAUAGUUAAUUUGUUAAUUCACACAUGUUGUGUUUAAAAUCAUUUUUCUUAUUCGGAUCUACGUGAUUCUGAUAAAUGCAUAUUAAACAGAUGUUGGAAUACUGUUAGUAGAUACAUGUCAUAUUCAUUAAAUAUCUGAUGCAAUUUUAAA